AUGUUAUCUUGUGUAUUAUUAAUGCCAAUAGCUUGCCAAUAUAUUCAGCGGGUCCAGUCUUCUAUUAGCAACGAUAUUGACUUUUGCCGAAGCAGUAAUCGACAUAUACUGUCAGAAGUUGUUGGUGUCCAAACAAAUAAAGGCCAAAUGGAACACGUUCACCGACUUAAACGGGGCAGUAACUCUGCUAACGGCAAUGGUAGAUGGCUUUUUGGGCAUUUUAUUCAAGACGGCGAUAAUAAUAAUAAUAUUCCUCUACAAGGGAGGGAAAUUAGAAGACAACAACCAUCUUCGUAUAAUGCACCUAGUGAAGCUGCAGAAUCCUCAUCUGCAGCUUAUGCCCCAGCACCCUCCGCCCCAGUAGCUUCAGCGCCUGUUGCUUCUAGUGGUGGAGAGGAAUGUUGUGGCUGUCAAGUUGGACCUGCCGGUCCCCCAGGUGAUCCAGGCGUGGAUGGAACGCCGGGCAAAGACGGCAGUCCUGGACAGAAUGGACAGCCAGGACAAGACGCCCCACCGGCAGCCCCAGCAACUCCUUGUGUCCGCGAAUGCCCUCAAGGCCCACCAGGACCGCCUGGAAGUCAAGGAGAUAAAGGACCCAAAGGAUAUCCCGGAGAGCAGGGAGAGCCUGGAGCAGCUGGAAAGCCUGGUCCGAGAGGUCCUGCUGGCAAACAAGGUCCACAGGGACCGCCUGGAAUGCCCGGAAGGCCUGGGGACAAAGGAGAGCCUGGCAAGCAUGUACCUGGAGUUGCACCACCCGGACCACCAGGAAGGCCUGGUGAAAUGGGCCCACCAGGAUUACCUGGACCUCCAGGAGAAAAAGGCAAACCAGGAGAACCUGGACCGCAAGGACCUCAAGGCGAUCAAGGCAAUCCCGGGCCUUAUGGAAAGCCUGGUCAACACGGCCCUCAAGGUCCUCCCGGUCCAAAUGGAUCUGUUGGAUCAUGCGAUCAUUGUCCAAAACCAAGAACUCCACCAGGCUAUUAA